AUGUCUUGCAAUUGUUACCAGAGUAUUUCGGUCAGUCUCAUGAACGAAACCAUGUGCCUCACCUUGGGAAUUGGUAUACCCAGUGGAACCAUAGAUUUGGAAGCUACCUCGGAUGGAACUUCGGUGGGCACGUUCUCCAUAAACCCCUUGACACCGCCUACAUAUUCUCCUGUGAUCUCCCUGGCAUCUUUGGACAUGUGCCUCAAAAUAAAAGUCCAGGUGAAGGGUGCUGCGGUCAAGGCCUGUCCCACCUUAUAUACCAACUACAGUACCAGUCGAUACGAUUUUCCCUGCAUUCAAAAAGGAAUGAAUGGUGUUAGUCUGGUCUAA